AUGGCUUCUACCUUUUCUUCAACAGAAAACAAUAUUCAUCACUUCCGCUCGAUGAGUUUGCCUGCCCUUGCACAUCCAAGCACUAUUCAAGCUGAAGAGGAGAUAUCUGAAUUCAGAAAAUGGGAGGCAUCAACGUCAUCUGUUCCUACUGCAGAUACAAUCUGUGGUGCACUAGUGAGGCUACAAGGUUUAUAUGAAUGUGUCGACACUCUUCUUAGUUUGCCUUUGACCCAACAAGCUCUUACUCAUAGCCAAUAUACGAAAUUGGUUAAUGAGUUGUUGGAUAAAUCCAUCAGUCUUAUGGAUAUAUGUGAAUCUACAAGAGAUUUGGUGUCACAAGUUAAAGAAAAUGCUAGAGACGUUCAGUCUGCUGUGAGAAGGAAAAAAGGAGAUGUAAGCAUCGCAACAUCUUUCAUGAAGAACCUGAAGAAAGACACCAAAAAGGCUAUUUCAUCUUUGAAGACAAUUGAUGAAAAGAUUGGAGGCAUGCCUCCUAUAGAUCUUGAUCAUCAUGUUCUAUCAGUUAUCAAAGUAGUAAGGGAUAUUGGUGUCGUGAGGUCAUCUGUUUAUAGGUCGCUUUUGUUGUUCUUGUCUGGAUCUGUUGCGAAGUCAAAGUCGACAAGGUGGUCAAUAGUUUCAAAAAUGAUUCACAAAGGAACGGCUGAGGAAAAAAGUCAGGUUCAAAUUUUCAAUGGGGAUCUAGAGAGCCUUUUUGAAGAAAUGGAGAAUGGUUUGGAGUGUAUGUUUAGGAGUUUGAUCAAAACAAGAGCCUCUCUCCUAAAUAUUCUUCCCCCUAAACAUUCUCUCAACUUGGGCAGCAGUGUGACCAUGGAUCAAGCUUAA